AUGGAUAUGUCACCGGUUGCCAUGGUAACCAGGCGUGAGCAAUCGUCCGUCCUGAUUCACAUGGGUCUCGGGCCCACUAAUGAGUCUGAUCAAUCUGUAGGUUCUACCAGCCCUACUGUAAAGAGAGCACAGAGAAUAGCCAGACAACUUGGAGAACUCAACCAACAAGUCAAACAAACAAUACAGACUGGUGGAUUGAAGGAAGAAGGCAGAAAAAGAAACACUCUUCAAGAAGCAUCACCAGACAGGCAUUACAAGGAAAUAUCCAAGAAGCUCAGACAGGAAGCAGAGAGGGAUAUGGACAGGAGAAAACAAGCUUGGCUGGAACCAGCACCUCUGGAUGAUUAUCUGAGGAGAACUCAAGAUGUUCACAUGACAGGGCCAGCAUUCCUGCCCCCUCCCUGUUCCCAUGUCACAAUGUCCCCCUCCCAGCAUAACGCCCCUGUCCUCACCCCACUGUGUGCAGAGGCUCAGGCUCUACUCAAGAAGGUGCAGACGUCCAAGGAGAUGCUAGAGGAGAAUCUGGACACGGUUGCUAGGACACAAGAUGAUGAGCACUUCUAUCAAGUCAUCCAGAGCAUCUGUAGGGAGGGAGAUGGAUCAGACUUUGCCAGAAUGAAGCAAGCUGUUGAUGAACAAAUAGCUGCUAUUGAUACAGAGAUCAAGAGAGAAUUACAACAAGGUAGACUUCACAUCAACAAACCAAGUGGUCGCCACUCACCUCCAACAAGACUUCUUCCAGACAAGAUCACCCAAAGACCACACCAACAACAGCUGAAGCAGGGCCAACAACCUCCUACAAGCAAGCCAGUUGGCCAGCAAUCAGCAGGGCCAGGUCUGGGGAAGUUGAGCAAGAAGAAGGUGCAGGCAAAGAUAGACACCGGUUUACGCAGACCUAGGAAAGGGGAGGAGCAAGAGGAUGAUUCGACAGAAAGGAACAAGGAGAACUUGAAAGAAAGAACAACUGUCCUAAAAUCUCCACCCAGACCAACUUCCAAACCGACCGGUAGAGGGCAGGAUGAUGAGCGCUAUCUCAAGCACAUCUAUGGCCACACCCGUGUUCAGUCACAGAGGUCCACACUCAGGGAUGCCCCCUAUCUCCACUUUGCCAACCAGACACCUACCAAGACUAAGAAGAUAGCUGCUCAUCAUGCUUCUCCAGUUCAAGCCCCAAUUCAAAGACCCAUCAGAACGCAAACAGAGACACACAAGAGCAGGAGCAGAGGAGUAGGAACCCACCUGCCCCUAACCUCCGCACCUCAGUACUACUUCAGCCCCUACCCAGCAGGACCCAGUCAUGCACCUGUCAUCGCCCCCGCCCAGCACCCCAACCCAGCAGACGGCCAGCUCAUCCCCAUGGCGAUACCCCUCAGGGAGCCAAGGUUAGGGGUGGGGAUGUCCCAGCCUGUCACCAUCAUCAGCAAUGGGAGAGGGGCACCGGUUAGACCGGUAGAGGGGUCUAACGUGGCCCUGAUUGAUGUCAAAGAUGAGGAUGAGAAUAAGAUGGAACCAGAGAAAAGAGACCUCACUGUACAGAGGUUACCCAAUGUGGACAUUGAUUCCAAUCCAGCUACCCCAUCCCCAUCACCUCAAGAAAGAGUUUCCCCUGGAGCACAGCCACCACAUCAGCCAUCUGAGGAGAAGGAGGAGGAGGAGGUAAAGCCCCCAUCACCAGAGAUCCCAGGUAUCUCCAUGGAAGGGAUGCAGGCAGCUAGGCAACCCUCCUACCAUGGACCACCCUUCCCACCCCAGCAGCUACCCCCAUCCCACCACCACCACCCAGCAGGUGGUAUCCAGCCCUCAUCAGAUGAGCUGGCUGCUGGUAUCAGAAGGAUGGAGAUGCUGCAGACCAGAGCAGUUGACUGGGUUGAGCAAGAGUUGAUGUCUCGUUUUAUCAGUGGGACUCAUCUACGGCAAUCAGAGAGACUUCAGCAGCCAAGCACCGUCCAUGGUGCCAGGCCUGUCAGCCCAUCAUCCUCAGAAGACUCUGAUCAUGUCGUUAGUGCUCUUGGGGGAGGGGGUCUGCAGUUCUUUGUGGAUGCCGGACAACCGGUGAACCCCACCCUGGUUAACAGUCUUGUCCAGCAGGUGCUGGAAGAAAAGAUCGCCCUCUGCCUGGGUCAGCAUCAAAGAGAGAGGUCAUCCGUUACCAUGCCAACUGUUCAUGAUGCCAGACGGCCCACACCACAGCCUAUGGGCCAGCAUUCACCCAUCCCCACCCCUGAGCCUACUCCACCAGCCUCGCCCCUUGUAGCCCUGUCCAGAGAGCCUUCCCCCACCCCUAGGGAUCGCAUCCCUACCCCAGAGGCCAGUGAGAUGGGGGAGGGAGCAUCAGGAGGAGCCGAGUCGGAGACAGAGAGCUGGAAAGAUCUGAUGAAAGAUUCAGAUAAUUCUAACCAAGAAGCAAACACCAUUGCCGCACCAGGUCCAGAAGUCGUCACCACCCCUCCCACCACCCCGCCCCCCAUCAACGCCCAAUCACCACCCCCAAUCCCAGGGGAGGAGCCCCAGACACCGGUUCCUUCACCUCCUUCCUCCCCCACGUCCCUGGUGGGUGUACCCUCCGAGCCCAUGGUUACCCCUACUCCUACCCCGGAGCCAAGGAGUCCGGUAGCAUCAGAACCAGAGGAGGAUGCCUUCCAGGCUACAUUGCGUACUCCAAGUCCUGAGCCACGCCUUCGAUCCCCUACACUAUCCCCUCUACCGCCCCCUACCAAGGCUGCCACCCCUGCUCCACCCAGUGUAGCAUCCUCCAGCACUACUGAGUCAACACCCCCGGACUCUACCAUUACGCAUUCUACAGGGAGGGAGGUAUCUGAGGGAGAAUGGCUGGUCAGUGAGAGGGAAGAGGGACGGGUACCAGAUGAAACCUUGUUUGGUGUUUCAGAGAUGGCGGCCUUUGAUGAGAGUUUACCAAGCAGUACAACCAGCACUGUCAAAGGACCAACAGACCCUGACAAAGAUCAGGAGGAACCCAGGAGUGAAGGUGAAGUGGACCCUAGCCGUCUGAAGCUCACCAGAGAUCCAGUCGUAGCCCUCCUGUCUCGUCUUCGCCAGGCGCCCUCUGGUGUCCCUCAUCCUGGCCACAUACCCCCUGCAGGAAUGCAUCCCACAGCUGCUUCUUCACCACACAGCAUCAGCAGCGCAAGCAGCAGCAGCGUGGGGGAGGUGAGCGAGGGGCAACGCCCAAGUCUCAUGCCACCGGCCGAGCGUCUACUCUACCAGGAGGCCUACCACUCGAAGCCUCCCGAGGCGGGUUUGGACCACAGAAGAUCCCUUGGUGAAGUUGGGAGCAAUGGAGAGGAGGGGGAAGAUGCUGUGAAGAAGGGUACUGAUGAUACACCCUCUAAUCAAAACAUCUCUCCAAAGGCAAGUGCCUCCCAGCUGAUGGUGGCACCGAGUCCGGUAGCCAGGGUCAUUCAGGUUGGAAGGCAAAGGACUCCAGAACCGAGUCCGGUAGCCAGGGUGAUUCAGGUUGGAAGGCAGAGGACUCCAGAACAGAUAGAGGAUGAGGAAGUGGAGGAAGAAGAAGACUUGGCAGAGGCUGAUAUGACUGCUGGAGGUACACUCAUAGAUAGACCACUACCAGCAAGUUUAUACUCCUCCAUGGUCAGUGAUCCAGGCAGACAUACCAUGACACCAGACGCUAUGAACAUGGAUGCUUACCUCCAAUCAGGAUACCUCAGCCAAACCUUCAGCCAAUCAGAAGGAGGGUUGGGUGGAGCUACCAGUGACUUCGAGAGUUCACAAUUUCUCGGCCAGACUAAUAAUUCGGUCACGGGAUUAAACGCUUCCGGUGCUGGGCCGAGGGGUUCAAGUCUCCUUGCGACAAGUGGGAUGUUUUCGGAAGAUUCGCUGGAGGUUGGGGUGGCUAUGAGAGGGAGGGAGGAGCGUAUGACACAGAGGUCAUUUCAGGUUACACUGCCCUCUAUUGCUGGGUUAGAUGAGAAGGAAGAGGAGAGUGCCAGUGAAGGAGAGGUGCAUGGAGGGGAGACAAUAAGUGAUGUUUCAGAAAUUACCCUUUGAUAACUUAAUUCAAAAUGUCUCCUGAUGUAAUAGAAAGCACAAAUCUUACAUGGAGUCCAGUGUGUGUGGGUCAAUUAAUUAUCUAGAUUAUUGCGCAGUGGAGUGGUGAGAAUGAAAUUAUAAGCUCUGUCAAAGUUUUGGUUCUUUAAAAACAAACAGUAAAAGUAAUUUGACAAGACACAACGGAGCAGUUGAUGUCUAUUGUAUCUAUACAUAUCUAUUGUAUCCGUUAUCUUCCGAAAAUGGUUUGGAAAAGCGAAAGUGUGUGAACUGAGUGCCUACUAAGAAAGUGAGUGCCUUUUUGUACAUCAUAUUUGUUUUUUUCUUUUUCAUGACUUUGCAAAUUGUGCUCUAAUCAGCAGUUUUUGUCCUGCAUUAAAACUCAUGUAAUACUUCUUCCCUGAGUGCCCAGAGAUGAACUAUUUUUAAUUCAUGUGUUUCAAGUUUGUUGCAUUAUUAAUAGUUAGGAUUCAGAUUGUAUGCAUAUAGUUGUUGACUAGAUUUAUGAAGUUGUUUCAGAAUAAAAGAUAAAAACCCAGCUAGAGUUUUAACAUGAAAUAUGGGAUAGUCUUGACCAGCAUUACCCCCCCCCCCCCCCCUCCCCCCCCCCCCUCCACUCCAAAGAAAGAAAAGAAAUCUCCAAAGUAACGAUAAGACCCAGUCCAAUUAUCAUCAUCUCUUGAGUGCUCUUUUCUGUGAGUCACAGAAGGCCUUUUAUUAUCAUUCAGUCAUGCCUAUAUCCUUUGUAUGUCUUAUGGAAGAAUGUAGAUCACCAUCUUUGAAUGGUCCUUUGUGAAACUUCUCAACCGUGAUAAGACUUCUUUCUUUGAUUUGUCCAGUCCUAUUCAUUCAAGCAAUUAUGUGGAGGUCACAUGUUAGGAGAAUGCCCCUGUAAUGCAAACCUCUUUAGAAGAAAAUGGCAUCCAAGGUUAUAUCUCCUAGCUACAGUGGAAUGAAGUUGCAUAGAACACUAUUCUCUCUGGUAAUGUUUAUGAAAGUAUACCUUUGUUGAUUUUUCUUCCUGCCCAGGUCGAAAAUCCCAUAGAGACCAAUAGAGACCAUUAGACAAAUUAUGUUGGUCUCUUAUGGUUUCUGUUGGAGUCGCCCGGAAGCCUUUAUAUCCCCCCCCCCCCUCC